AUGAACAAGUGUCCGGAAGGUGGAGCUCCGUUAUCCACCUCUAUAACAUCACUAGAAACCCCUAAUGAUCCGCGAGGAAGUCCUCAUUUGAUCGAUUUUCCUGUUUGCCAUGAUGGUGACAUGACUAAUUAUCAGGACUCGACAGUUGAUGAAAUGAGUUCGGCAGGGGAUUCAACGAUUAACUAUUGUGAGGAAGUCCAGGAUUUAUUGAAAUAUUUAAAUUCUGAUGAUUGCUAUAACAGUGCUGAUGAUUGCUAUAACCGGAACUUUGAUGACAUACUAGAAUUUACAAGACAAAAGCAAGAGGCGUUGUAUGACGAUAUAAGUAUUCAAAACGAAAUGGGUCGUGAACCUUCUUUGGCAUAUGUGAAUCCCGCUUCAUGGAAUAAUGGUGAUUAUUAUGAUUUUGUUGGUAACGCAGACAAUAUUUGCCCUGAUCCAACGGCGCAGAAUACCAUUACCAUCAAGGAAGAGGAACCAUGGGAAGACCAGAUUGAGAUGGAAUCCUUAGUUCCAGGUCCAUCGAAGCCGAAAAAUAACUUGGAAACGAGAGAUGUACCUGGAAGUGAAUGCGAAUUCAAUCCAAAAGCAAGGAAGUACAAUCUGAAAUCAGAGGAGAUAAAAAAGACGACAAAAUAUAUAGAUGCAAGAAAGAGGAAUAAUAUUGCUGUACGUAAAUCUCGGUAUAAGCAGAAGGCGCUUCAAGCGGAAAGAGAUAAACAGCUCAAAUAUUAUAAGGAACUCAGCGAAAAACGUGAAGAGGACUUGAAGCAGAAAAAUUUGCGUAUUUCAGCACUUGAGGAAGAAGUUACUGAAUAUCGUAAUUUGAAAAUGUUAUACGAUAAAGUGGCAAAAGAAAAUCGUCAGCUGCGGCGUGAAUUGAACUCUAGGAGCGGCCCGCAGAUAAACGGUGUAAAUGGGGAUGUUUAA